AUGAUCGACUACACCUACCAAGCACACAGUCACAGAAUUUUGUAGUGGAAUGAUAGCAUCUUACAAGGUAAAUUGAAAGAAAAUAUUCUCGGUAGAUGUUUGUCGACUGGCGCGACAAAAUUCUUCAAAAUUGUGCUGAUAGAUAAAAAACCAAAACGGCUACAUAAGUUGUAGAAUGAAUAAAGGGGUAAGUUUCUAAAGAAACUGUGGUGCUGCGUCGGUGGGAGAGUAUAGCAGGUAAUUUAGUGUUAACAACUGAGUUGAAACGUAAAUUAGCCACCGUAAAGGGUAGAAAAAGCUGACGUUUCGAGUGUUAGCCCUUCGUCAGAGCGAUUGGAGGAAUUGUGGGUUGUGUGUGGGUUUACGUGUAGAAAGUGGAGCUACGCCAUCGGUGGGAAUAUGGUGACAAGAAAACAGGAAUAAUGAACUUUAACAUAAUAAAUGAACUUUAAUAUAAGGAAUAAAUUAGUUGAAUGAAAAGCGCUAGUUCAUUCCGUGGGGAUUAAGGGUGCCGAUUUGGAAGAUAAAUUUUUGUUCUAGUGUUUUACGGCUUUCCGAACUAGGCAGUUGUAAGGAUCAGUAGGCCGCAAACUGCCAUAUGCUGGUUUGGAUGCGUCCUUGUCAUUUUUUUUUUCCACGUCGCGAAGGUGUUCUCGGAAUCGGUCACCUAGUCGUCUUCCUGUUUCGCCGAUGUAUAACUUAUUGCAAUAAGUGCAAGUUAUGUAGUAAAUAACAUUGGCGGAGGUACUCGUAAAGUGAUCAAUGAUCUUAUUGGAUCUCUUGGGUCCCGAUAUUUUCUCUACGUUAUGAAUGAAAGAACACUGAAGUUUUGCAUCGUGAGCGAGCGCAUUUGAAAGUUUCAGAUUGGUCAUUGGUUUGAAAUGAACUCCUGACUAAAAAGUUGCCUAUGUUUUUUGUCACGUUUGAAUGAAAUAAGUGUGGGUUUGCGAAACGACAGUGCCAGUCUCUGAAUCGUUUUGGAGUAAUUUAAAAUUUUUAAGAAUGAUAGAUUUAACUGCGUGGUUGUGAGGAUGAAAUGUAAGAGUAAAUGGAAUCCGGUCAGCAUUUUCCUUCUCAGCCGUUUGUACUGCUUACCGAAAAACUGGCAGAUUGCCUCUGAUUUUUCGGAAAAAUCAGAGUCGUCAUUACAUAAACGACGAAGUCUGAGAAACUGUGAAAAAGGUAUGAAGUUCUUGACGUGAGAUGGAUGUGAAGAUGAAUACAACGAGUAACUACGUGAAUCUGUAGGUUUGUAGUAAACACUAGUGCAUAAACCGUUGCCUUCAAUUGAAAUUUUGAUGUCUAGAAAAGCCAAAGAAGUGUCAUCAGGACUCGAGGGAAAACAAGACUAAUUAGUUUCCCGAGGGACCAUGCAGUAAGUGCUUUGUUAUAUAUUUAGACUUUCCCUUUAACAAUCAUAUGGCAGAAAAAAAACUAAAAAACAAAGACUGCACAACUUCUUUAUUCACAAUCGUCAAUCCUGCUGAAUGAAUAAGUCUUAAUUUUAUUACAAAUGUUUCGAAGAACAUAAAAAAGUAAAAUAGGCUUUUAUAACCUCAAUAAGAAAAAAAAAAUCAUUUGGAAUUGUAAAAAUUGAUGGUAACAUUUGCUACCGAAAAUGCUGCUGCGUUUAGUGUUUACAGUCUCCUGGCUAUGAGAGUAUUCGGUGCGGGCAACAACUGCGCAAUUGUGUCCCGGUCAGGAUAUAUUUGAAUUUGAUCAGGGGCAUGUGACCAAGAAUUAACCAAUGACAGUGCUCGUUUUGUUGAGUAAGAGUCUAGGUAUAUAACAAUGUCGAAUGUAAUCCUCAGAUGCAGUGAAGUAAGUCAAUGUCCGACUAUCAAGGAUUUCUACUUUCUAAAUGGAAAUGGCAAAGAAAAUGUUUACAAUUUCUUACCAACAACAUUACUUUUAUUGUAUGCAUGGUUUUACGCAGGGUUUACAGCUGUGUUAGUAAGAUUGGAUCAGCGGGUCCAGACUCGAUUGGUAGUCAUUACAAUUAUCAAGACCACGACAGACAAGUAACAUUGUUUAGCGGUAUUCAACUGUGGACAGUGCCACGCAAUGGUGAUUACAGGAUAGAAGCAAUAGGAACCUCAAGGGGGUACGGUGAGGACAGUAUCAUAAAAACCGGAGGAAGAGGAGCACGGGUGAUUGAAACUUUAAUUUGACCAAAGGUCAUUAAUAGACUUGUUGGUCAAAAAGGAGAAAAAUGGAAUUCAAACCGAGAAACUGUCGGAGGUGGUGGAGGUACAUUUGUAGUGAAAGAAAACAACAAGUCUUUGAUCAUAGCUGGAGGUGGAGGAGGAGUCAACAUCCAGGAUGUGAUGCAUCCAUAA